UUUACAACCCAAAAUUAUACAUUAACUUAUAUUCAGCAUUAUUAUGAUGAAAAUGUAAUCCCUAACACUGGUCUUUCAGCCUUAGAGUAUCUCUACGCAUGCAGAGAGAAAAGAAGAUAAACAUCUGUGGAUCUAAGCAGUAAUCUGAAAAAACAAGAAGGGCUGAGAUAGGUAGAGUUAUUUGAGGAGCAAUUCAUAUUUAAAGGAUGCAGAGUGGGUAAACAGUGUGGAGAUGAUGGAUUGGGUCAAGACUGUUUGUUUAGUGCUCUGGGCUUUCACAUUCAGCUCAGUAGCAGAUAAUUUAAAAGAGCAAGCCCUGAAACUGAUGGCUGACACUCCACUUAUAGAUGGGCACAAUGACCUUCCCUGGCAGAUGAGGAGCUUGUUUAAUAAUCAGCUCAACAUGGUGGACUUGUACAAACUAAACACCACACACACCAACAUCCCAAAAAUCAAAGAAGGGCGCCUCUCAGCACAGUUCUGGGCAGCUUAUGUACCAUGUGAUACCCAGUACAAAGACGCAGUCAGACAGACCUUGGAGCAGAUUGAUGUAAUCCACAGGAUGUGUCACGAAUACCCAGAAGUGUUCAAAUUUGCUGCUAGCAGUCAAGAUAUAUUGGACGCCUUUGAACAGAAUAAGACAGCGAGUCUGAUUGGGGUAGAAGGUGGACAUUCAAUUGACAGCAGUUUGGGUACUCUGCGCACUAUGUACCAACUGGGUGUCCGCUACCUCACUAUCACACAUAGCUGCAACACACCAUGGGCAGACAACUGGCUGGUGGACACAGGAUCUGAGCCUGAAGUGCAUGGCGGUUUGUCUGAGUUUGGCAAGCAAGUGAUCUGGGAAAUGAACCGCAUUGGAAUGCUGAUUGACCUGUCUCAUGUGUCUGAGAAGGUCAUGAAUCAGGUGCUGGAUAUCUCUAAAUCUCCUGUUAUCUUCAGCCACUCUUCUGCCUACAGCAUCUGUAAUCACAAGAGAAACGUUCCUGAUGAUGUUCUCAUGAGAGUGAAAGAAAAGAGAGGGAUUGUCAUGGUUAAUUUUUAUAAUGACUACGUAACAUGCAAACAAGCUGCUAACAUCUCAGAUGUUGCUGGUGAGUCCUUUUGA